CGGCGCCGCGGUCUUGGGCGCACAGCAGGCCGCUCCACCCCGUCCACCCGCCGCCGCCGCCGCCGCCAUGGCGAUGAGGCAGACGCCGCUGACCUGCUCCGGCCACACGCGGCCCGUGGUGGACCUCGCCUUCAGCGGCGUCACCCCCUACGGAUACUUCCUCAUCAGCGCCUGCAAGGACGGGAAGCCGAUGCUGCGCCAGGGCGACACCGGCGACUGGAUCGGGACGUUCCUGGGCCACAAAGGGGCCGUGUGGGGGGCCACGCUCAACAAGGACGCCACCAAGGCCGCCACCGCCGCCGCCGACUUCACCGCCAAAGUGUGGGACGCCGUCUCCGGGGACGAGCUGAUGACCCUGGCCCACAAACACAUCGUCAAGAGCGUGGACUUCACCCAGGACAGCGACCGGCUCCUGACGGGCGGACAGGACAAACUGCUGCGCGUCUACGACCUCGGCAAGCCCGAGGCCGAGCCCCAGGAGGUCAGCGGCCACACGUCCGGCAUCAAGAAGGCCCUGUGGUGCGGCGACGACCGGCAGAUCCUCUCCGCGGACGACAAGACCGUGCGGCUGUGGGACCGGGCCAGCCUGAGCGAGGUGAAGUCGGCGACCUUCCCCCUGGCAGUGAGCAGCAUGGAGUACGUCCCCGAGGGCGACCUCCUGGUCAUCACCUACGGCCGCUCCGUCGCCUUCCACAGCGCCCUCAGCCUGGAACCGAUCAAGUCGUUCGAGGCUCCCGCCCCCAUCAACUCGGCCUCGCUGCACCCCGGGAAGGAGUUCGUGGUGGCCGGGGGCGAGGACUUCAAGCUGUACAAAUACGACUACAACAGCGGCGAGGAGCUGGAGUCGUACAAAGGCCACUUCGGGCCCAUCCACUGCGUGCGGUUCAGCGCGGACGGCGAGCUGUACGCCAGCGGCUCCGAGGACGGCACCCUGCGCCUCUGGCAGACCGUCGUCGGCAAGACCUACGGCCUCUGGAAGUGCGUCCUGCCAGAAGAGGAGGGCGGAGAGCUGGCUAAGCCGAAGCCCAGCUUCCCCGAGACCACGGAGGAGGAGGAGGAGGAGGAGCAGCUCGAGGACGUCGGCUCGGAGAACUCGGAUCCCGUCUACCCCGCGGCGGCCGAGGUGAAGGCCUGAGGCCCCCGCCCGCACGCCCCCGAGGGCCGGAGCCUCCCCCCCGCCCCCCCGGCUCUCUGUGUCCGGCUCCGUGUCCGCCCGCCGGAGGGGCCCGCGGACCCCCCCCCCGCCGGAGCCGGCCUUCCCGCCACCCCCUCCUGCCCGGAUUCCCGCCGGGAAGGGGCGGCCGCCGCCCGGCCCCCCGUCCGGCCUCCCGCCCGGGAGGCUUCCGGGAGCGGGGAAGCCUCCGCCUCCGGGCGGCCGAGGAGGACGAGCGACGCCAGACCCCCGGGGUCGGGGGGCCGGGGGCCCCCCGCCGGCGGUUCGUUUCCGGUUGGGAGAAUAAAAGACCGACAAGACAGCC